UUGUUAUUUGCGCGUGGUCACACUGUUGAUUUAUUUUUAUUGUUGACGGCUGGAGUGGUAAUUCAAUAACACAAUAAUUCCUAAAACUAAGGAAAAUAUAUUCCUGAAAAGAAUUGAAGGUUGAAAAUGUGAAGCGUUUAAGAAAAACAACAAUAUUGGGCUUUUAUUUGUUUAUUGUUUUCAUAUCAAUAAUUUAGAGUGUCGAACACCGAACGAUAUCAGCUGAGACGAAAUUAAUAAGAUAUGGACAUCGGAAUAAAUCAUGGGCUUCACCAGCUACCAGCCGCCUGCUAUCCGCCAUCAGACAGCGAUGAGGAAUCUUUCGUGGUGCUGCAGAAUUCUUUCAGUUCGGAGUUCGACAAGAAGGAUGAACUUCGAUGGGCUGAUGAGUUUUCGUCCGAGGUAAUCGAGGACUCGCAACAGCAAGCCUCCGAUUCCCUGUGCACCAUGACCUUGCAGCAGUCCUCCGAGGCAUCAGCGCCAAUCUCCGAUGUCAUGUCGCAUGACGAUGUGCAGAGGCAGGUGGAGCAAUUGAUAGAGGAAAACAAGAAUCUGAAGAACACGUUAGAACAGAACAAUAUUUUCAUGAAGACGCUAAAGCAGUGGCAGGAAGACGUAGGACGUGUACAAAACUCUCACAAGAAGAAAUUUGCAGAGACGAAAGCAUACAUUGAGGCCUUGGUGACCGAGAAUCAAAGGCUGAGAGUCGGCGGAGACGGAGCGAACUCUGAUGCCGAUUUGCUGAGGCUAGAGUACAGCAAAAAUAUUGGGGCGCAAAUCGAGAAGAACCUGGGUUUGGAGAAUCGCAUCAAGGAGUUGCUGGAUCAAAACGAGUGCUUGAGCAGCAGGAUUGGCGAACGCGAACAAGAUUUUGAGAACAAGGAACAGAAGUAUCUACAACAGAUAACUGAUUUGAAAGCUGAUUCUCACAAAGCCGAGUCCGAGGAGAUCGCCAAUUUGCGUAAGCAAUUGAUGGAGGCGCAGUCCUGCCUGACAGAUAUUAAACAAACGAAGAAGGCCAUCCAAUUAGAGGCGGAUGCCAAUAGGAAGACCAUCGACGAUCUACAGACGCGCAUUCAAAAUAUGACCAAGGAGUCGGAUCGGACUCUUGCUCUGGAGAGUCAAUUGGAUAUUUUCAAGAACGACUUCAAAGUUGAGCGCGAGAGUAAGCAAAAUAUCAUCCGAGAGAAAAACGACAUGGCUAUAGAUAUGAGGAACAUGCAACUGAAGAAUGAACAAUUGAUGCGGGAUAUCGAAGUUUUACGAACGAAAUGCACGUUUGUCGAAGUCUCCCAUGCCCCGCCUUCGCCGCCACCAACCACGUACACUUGUCCACUGUGCAUGUUAAAAUUUAGAUCAAUCAAAAGCCUCGAAGAUCACGUAGAAUUAUGCUUGGAAAAUACCCAAUAGACUUGCCUUCUGGAGAGGUGCUGAAUUCUUAUCGCAGAAUUUACUAUUAUAUUAUCUAUGGAUUUACUAAGUAGAUAUUAGUUUUGUAUGAUAAUCUAUUAUA